AUGGAGUUCAGUCAGAAGGGAGCAGAGGCCGAAUAUACAGUGCAUUUGUCAAAUCAUAACAGUUCAUGGAAGUUCAGUCAGAAGGGAGCAGAGGCCGAAUAUACAGUGCAUUUGUCAAAUCAUAACAGUUCAUGGAAGUUCAGUCAGAAGGGAGCAGAGGCCGAAUAUACAGUGCAUUUGUCAAAUCAUAACAGUUCAUGGAAGUUCAGUCAGAAGGGAGCAGAGGCCGAAUAUACAGUGCAGUUGUCAAAUGGUUCAUGGAAGUUCAGUCAGAAGGGCAGCAGGGCGAAUAUACAGUGCAGUUGUCCAAAUCAUAACAGUUCAUGGAAGUUCAGUCAGAAGGGAGCAGAGGCCGAAUAUACAGUGCAUUUGUCAAAUCAUAACAGUUCAUGGAAGUUCAGUCAGAAGGAGCAGAGGCCGAAUAUACAGUGCAUUUGUCAAAUCAUAACAGUUCAUGGAAGUUCAGUCAGAAGGAGCAGAGGCCGAAUAUACAGUGCAUUUGUCAAAUCAUAA